AUGGCAGCUUUGUGCUCGCACAAGGAGGCGCCCAUCCCCACAGAACCUAACGAGCAGAUUGUGCAGCAGUACAAGGGGGAAAAGUUGUCGGCAAAUCUCCCAUACAAGGUGGAAUUCAUGAUUCCAGUGGAGGGCAGCAAGGAUGUUAAGCUCAUCGCCCAUUUGGCAUCCACAGAGAUCGAGGCGGCUUAG